GUUCCUCCCGCCUGCCCAGCCGCCUUGGGUCUCAGGUCUUUGGAGCGAUUGUGCGUCGGCCGGCAACUAAGCCCACGAGCGGUCCGCACAGCCUAGCGAGCCGACGGGUGGUCCCGGUCUGCACCUCCCGACGAGAAAGGCGGGCGCGGUUGUCCUGCCCGGCAGCCUACACCGGCCGACCAGGAGAAGCUGGGGCGCUGCCGGCGCUGCCGCCAUGGCUGCCAUGAUGGAGCGGAAGUGAGCCUCGGGCGAGGGCUGCGGCGCCGGCGCUUCGUCCGCUCCCGGCCCUGCCCUGGGCGCGCGGUGCGGCGGAGCCAAGACUUUCCCGGGCCUCGCGGUCUGUCGGCUCCCGCUGCUUCCCCCGAGCCUGAGCGGCAGGGGACACUGAACAGCGGGGAGUGGCUGGCGGCCUGUGGCACCGGCGGCCGGAAAGAUGGCGGACCCGGCCGAGUGCAACAUCAAAGUGAUGUGUCGCUUCAGACCUCUCAACGAGUCGGAGGUGAACCGCGGCGACAAGUACGUCGCCAAGUUCCAGGGAGAAGACACGGUGGUAAUCGCGUCCAAGCCUUAUGCAUUUGAUCGAGUGUUCCAGUCAAGCACGUCACAAGAGCAAGUAUAUAAUGACUGUGCAAAAAAGAUUGUUAAAGAUGUUCUUGAGGGGUACAAUGGAACAAUAUUUGCAUAUGGACAAACAUCAUCAGGGAAGACCCACACCAUGGAGGGUAAACUGCAUGAUCCAGAAGGCAUGGGAAUUAUUCCAAGAAUUGUGCAAGAUAUUUUUAAUUAUAUUUACUCGAUGGAUGAAAAUUUGGAAUUUCAUAUUAAGGUUUCAUAUUUUGAAAUAUAUUUGGAUAAGAUAAGGGACCUAUUAGAUGUUUCAAAGACCAAUCUUUCAGUUCAUGAAGACAAAAACCGUGUUCCCUAUGUAAAGGGGUGCACAGAGCGCUUUGUAUGUAGUCCAGAUGAAGUUAUGGAUACCAUAGAUGAAGGAAAAUCCAACAGACAUGUAGCAGUUACAAAUAUGAAUGAACAUAGCUCUAGGAGUCACAGUAUAUUUCUUAUUAAUGUAAAACAAGAGAACACACAAACGGAACAAAAACUGAGUGGGAAGCUUUAUCUGGUUGAUUUAGCUGGUAGUGAAAAGGUUAGUAAAACUGGAGCCGAAGGUGCUGUGCUGGACGAAGCCAAGAACAUCAACAAGUCACUUUCUGCACUUGGAAAUGUCAUUUCUGCUUUGGCCGAGGGUAGUACAUAUGUUCCAUAUCGAGACAGUAAAAUGACAAGAAUUCUCCAAGACUCAUUAGGUGGCAACUGUAGAACCACCAUAGUCAUUUGUUGCUCUCCAUCAUCAUAUAAUGAGUCUGAAACGAAAUCUACACUCUUGUUUGGUCAAAGGGCCAAAACAAUUAAGAACACAGUCUGUGUCAAUGUAGAAUUAACUGCAGAACAGUGGAAAAAGAAGUAUGAAAAAGAAAAAGAGAAAAAUAAGACUCUGCGGAACACCAUUCAGUGGCUUGAAAAUGAACUCAACCGAUGGCGUAAUGGGGAGACAGUGCCUAUUGAUGAGCAGUUUGACAAAGAGAAAGCCAAUUUGGAAGCUUUCACAGCAGAUAAAGAUAUUACUAUUACCAAUGAUAAACCAGCAGCCACAAUUGGAGUGGCCGGAAGUUUUACUGAUGCUGAAAGAAGAAAGUGUGAAGAGGAAAUUGCUAAAUUGUACAAGCAGCUUGAUGACAAGGAUGAAGAGAUUAAUCAACAGAGUCAACUGGUGGAGAAAUUAAAGACACAAAUGUUGGAUCAGGAAGAGCUUCUGGCAUCAACCAGAAGGGAUCAAGACAACAUGCAAGCUGAGCUGAAUCGCCUUCAAGCAGAAAAUGAUGCCUCUAAAGAAGAAGUAAAAGAAGUCUUACAGGCCUUGGAGGAACUGGCCGUUAAUUAUGAUCAGAAGUCUCAGGAAGUUGAAGACAAAACUAAGGAAUACGAGCUGCUUAGUGAUGAACUGAAUCAAAAAUCUGCAACAUUAGCAAGUAUUGAUGCUGAGCUUCAGAAGCUUAAGGAGAUGACCAACCACCAGAAGAAACGAGCAGCUGAGAUGAUGGCAUCGCUGCUAAAAGACCUUGCAGAGAUAGGAAUUGCUGUGGGAAAUAACGAUGUGAAGCAGCCUGAGGGAACUGGUAUGAUAGAUGAAGAGUUCACUGUUGCCAGGCUCUACAUUAGCAAAAUGAAGUCAGAAGUAAAAACAAUGGUGAAACGCUGCAAACAGUUAGAAAGCACUCAGACCGAGAGCAACAAAAAGAUGGAAGAAAAUGAGAAAGAGCUAGCAGCGUGCCAGCUGCGUAUCUCCCAGCAUGAGGCCAAGAUCAAGUCACUGACUGAGUACCUUCAGAAUGUGGAACAGAAGAAGAGACAGCUGGAGGAGUCUGUGGACUCCCUCAGUGAAGAGCUUGUCCAGCUUCGAGCACAAGAGAAAGUUCAUGAGAUGGAAAAAGAGCACUUAAACAAAGUUCAGACUGCAAACGAAGUGAAGCAAGCUGUUGAGCAGCAGAUCCAGAGUCACAGAGAAACUCAUCAAAAACAAAUCAGUAGUUUGAGAGAUGAAGUUGAGGCAAAGGAAAAACUAAUAACUGAUCUUCAAGACCAAAACCAGAAAAUGAUGUUAGAGCAGGAACGUCUAAGAGUUGAACAUGAGAAGUUGAAAGCUACAGAUCAGGAAAAAAGCAAAAAACUGCAUGAACUUACGGUAAUGCAAGAUCGACGGGAACAAGCAAGACAAGACUUGAAGGGUUUGGAAGAGACCGUGGCAAAAGAACUUCAGACUCUACAUAACCUACGCAAGCUCUUUGUUCAGGACCUGGCUACCAGAGUUAAAAAGAGUGCUGAGAUUGAUUCUGAUGACACUGGGGGCAGUGCUGCACAAAAACAGAAGAUUUCCUUUCUUGAAAAUAAUCUUGAACAGCUCACUAAAGUGCAUAAGCAGUUGGUACGUGAUAAUGCAGACCUUCGCUGUGAACUUCCUAAGUUAGAGAAACGACUUAGAGCUACUGCUGAGAGAGUGAAAGCUUUGGAGUCAGCCCUGAAAGAAGCCAAAGAAAAUGCAUCUCGAGACCGCAAACGCUAUCAGCAAGAAGUAGAUCGGAUAAAGGAAGCAGUCAGGUCAAAGAACAUGGCCAGAAGGGGGCAUUCUGCCCAGAUUGCAAAGCCUAUUCGUCCUGGUCAGCAUCCAGCAGCUUCUCCAACUCACCCGGGUACAAUUCGAGGAGGAGGCACAUUUGUUCAGAAUAACCAGCCAGUGGCGCUGCGAGGUGGAGGCGGCAAGCAAGCCUAGAAAGCCACACAUUGGCAGGUAUUGAAAAGCAGUUGCUGUAUGAAGAGGACAUAGUUAUCAAACAGUCGUCCAGUGACUGUAACCGCUCUCCCUGGAUUGUAGAAUUCUAAUUUUUUAAUGUGUAAAUUAUUCCUGGCCUGUACAGCUGUUUCCUACCCACUCUUCUUGCAAACUCUGCUGCUUCCCAGCACAACUAGAGUGCAAUUGACGUCUUAGGAGGGGAAAAUGACAGUUUACAACUGUGGCCCUAUUUAUUACACAGUUUGUCUUUUAUGUCUUAAAUUUAGUCUUCACUGUGCCAAGCUGACUGUAUCUUAUAGGACUGUGCUUUUUGUAUUUGCGUUUUGUAAUAUGUGUGUGUGUUUUUAAUCUAGGUUUAAAUUACCCAGCUGCUACUGCUUUUUGUUUUUCUUUUCCUACUAAAAUGUCUUCCCUUUUUUUAAGGGAAAAUGGAACAUUUAGAUUAAAUGUCUUAAAUUUUACCACUUACAACACUACAUGCCACAAAAUAUAUCAAGUCAGUACUGUAUUUUAAAAUCCCUUGAAAUGAAAUCAGGGUUCAGAUUGCUUGUAUGGUCUCUAAAGUUUGAGCACUGAAACCUUACGACUGUCUAACCAGGCAUUUGAGACUGAGCAGGCUCCUUGAUUGUUAUCUCAUGAAAUGCCUAUUGCAUGUUAUUUUGAAUAGAACUAUUUUACAUAUCGAAAGCAAAUCUCAUUUUAAGAGGGAGUUUGGAGAUGAUUCUGUCUCCCUUCUUCCUGCUUCCAUACUUAAUAUAGCUUGGUAGGAUAAGAAUGCCUGGCUGCUCUCUGGUAAUCCUACUAGUAAGAUAGGAAUUGGGUGGAUGUUAACAUGUCAUCUCUAUAUAGGAAAUGAAUUAAGGCAUCGUAGAACUAAGCAGUUUUAUAUUGUUAGAUAAUUAUAUUGGCUGAUGGAAAUUUAUAGCCUUGAAAAUUGAGAAAAAGUUGUGAAGGAACAGAAAAGAUACGCCGUAAAGUUAAAAAUACAGAGGAUACAAAAAAAAAAUUAGAGGUAAAUUUUGCUCUGAAAUCCCAGAGGUGUUUUAACCUGCUAUACUAAGUCAUACAUUAUAAUUUAUUUGUUUAGUCUAGAAACAGUAAAUUGUUUGAAAAAUCACUAAUAAUCCUCAAAUAAAUUAUAUUGUUGGCCAUAGUGCACAAUUUUGUAAUUAGUGCUAAGUGUGUACUUAUUUUUAAGUGUGCCACUUAUUUUUCAGAUGAUUAAACUAAAUCAAGUUUAUUUUAGGAAACUAUAAAAGAAAUAGGAAAAGAGAUUUCAAUAUUUGCUUCAUCAGUGGUAGGGGUGACUGCAAUGGUGUUAACAGAAAUUUGCAGAAAAUGGGAUGUUUGAGGUUAUUCAAUUGAUAGAGAUACUUGGGAAGUUUUGUGUUAGGAUCUGGCUGGCAGAAAUUUUGAAAUUUUUAUAUAGAUAUUUGUAUUACUAAUUUGGAGCCAUAGUCAGAAGACUCAGAUCAUAAUUGGCUUAUUUUUCUAUUUCCUUAACUAUUGUAAUUUCCACUUUUAUAAUAAUUUUCAUUUGAAAAAUAAAUUUAUUUAUUUUUUUAACAGUCAGAAAUCUUUGCUGUCGUAGUCUGCAGCCUUUAAUGAUUGUGUUGCUUUUAUGAUUGAUCAAAAAGAAACACUCCACAAACUGAAGUAAGACCUCGAUCCAGUAAGAUAGAAGCCACACAGUUAAUAAAGAGCACUGCCCCUUCCUGGUGGCCAUUUUCUAAGUGAGAGGCAUUUGGCUGCAUUCAUACAGACUUUUUUGUUUUCAAAUGAAAACUUGCUGCUUUGGCAGUUUUCAUAAAGGAAACAAUUUCUUUCUCUUGCUGAAUAUAGUAGUUUUAAGAUGUAUCAUGGGUAUUGGUGCUGUGCAACACACAAUGAAUUGUUAACUAGCAUGUGGUUCAGAAAACACAAUGUUAGGUUUUAAAAAUAUCUUCAUGUUUCUUUUUAUUUAUAAUUUCAAGCUUUCACAAAGUAUACCAAGAACUUCAUAAAUUUAUUUUCCAUGAACUGCUCUUUUUUUGCUAUGAUAAGUCAUUCCAGCAUUUACUCUCAUAAACAGAUACUUCUGGUCAUCUAGAAUAUUGACAAUAUUUUAAUUUGCAGUGUCUUUUGUGACUGGAUAUAUUGAUGUUCCUCUGACUGGUAUUGGUAAAUGGUUCAGAAGAGAAACUUGGUGAAAUAAAAAAGUAAUAUUUAUUCGUGGUUAUCAAUUAAAUUAUUUGCCUAACUUAAGGAAACUACUAUGCAUAACUGAAUUUAUAUGCAACUCUCAUUUGACUUGAGGUAACAGAAGAGUCUGAGUCUACCUGUGGAAUGUGUUGGUUUAUUUUUUUCAGUGCUUGAAGAUACAUUCAGACAUAAUUGGUUUGGGAAGACACCAUGUAAUUUUUAAGUUAACUUGCAUGCUAUACAUGUGUUUUGUGUUUAAAUAAAUGAGAAACUUUUUGAAAUGUGCUUGAACUUUA